AUGAAGGGAGCAGGAUUUUCAAUAACAGUUUCUUCCAGUGUAGGCUUGCUUCGCUCUAUCUCCCGUAAGCUCGUGACGCUUAACAAAAAUAAGGAAUUCCUGAAAAAGAAGCAGCCGGUGCGGUGGAAGGCAAUUAAGGACAGCGCUUUGGAACUAGAGAAAAAG